CAUACACCCUACAUUCCUGACGUAUCAAAGUUGAUGCAACAUUCACAUGAUGAUUGAUUAAUGUGAUCAAACUCGAAAUAGGUACGAUGUAAUUAAUGUAUCUUCCACCUCCGGUUGGCUGGGAAGAUCAACUGACACCAGAGAAUGAGGCUGCACUGUGAUCUCAGUCUCGUCUCUGAGUCACCCCGUGACGCUUUCUGCUGCUCUCUCCCUGCUGUCAUUCCCUGCCAAAAUAUCUUCCUCCAACGUUCCCAAACUCGUUGUUUAUCUGCUGCUGCCAUGCGACGCCACCGCGCAGGCUACCUUACAAAACACUACACGCCAUGCUCCCUUGGCUGAAUCCCAUCCCUCUCCUCUCACCCUGGAGGCGACCGUUGCAGGUCCCUGAAGAGCUCAGGAAGGAGUAGCUUUUGUUGCCUUCUCCCUCUGUCUUCACGUCGAGAGCCGCUCUUCGUCGAGUCACAUGAUGCGCUACCGUAAUCCUUUCGAGAAGUUGGUUCAUCCAUGGGAGCAUCUCCAAGCAUGUUCUUCCUGGUCAUCUGCCUGCUUGUCUCAGUGCACUCCAGUGCAUGCGAGCUCGGUUCCACCAAGCAGCACCGGCGGCACGAGUGGUACUUCAAGCCAACCGGCAAACAGACCAUCGUGGUGGACGCCAAUGGCUCCGGCCAUUUCUCGUCCGUCCAAGAGGCCGUUGACUUCGUCCCGGAGAACAACACCAAGCGUGUCGUCAUACAGAUUCAUGCUGGUCAUUACACGGAGAAGGUGAUCGUGCCGGCGACGAAGCCAUAUGUGACGUUCCGAGGGGCCGGCAGAGACGUGACGGUGAUCGAGUGGCACGACCGGGCGAGCGAUCGAGGACCUGACGGGCAACAGCUACGGACUUAUAACACGGCUUCUGUCACUAUUUUUGCUAGUUAUUUCAGGGCUAGGAAUAUUAGCUUCAAGAACACAGCUCCAGCUCCAAUGCCGGGCAUGGAAGGAUGGCAAGCAGCAGCGUUCCGCAUCUCGGGAGACAAGGCGUACUUCUUCGGCUGCGGCUUCUACGGCGCUCAGGACACACUCUGCGACGACACCGGACGCCACUACUUCAAGGAUUGCUACAUCGAGGGAUCCAUCGAUUUCAUCUUCGGCAAUGGUCGUUCCAUGUACAAGGAUUGCCAACUCCACUCCAUCGCAGACCGGUUCGGGGCCAUCGCAGCUCAGGACAGGAACAGCCCGUGCGAGCGGACGGGCUUCGCCUUCGUGAACUGCAGAGUAACCGGCACGGGCAAGCUCUACGUAGGACGAGCCAUGGGGCAGUACUCGAGGAUCGUCUUCGCCUACACCUACUUCGAUGACGUGAUCGCCCCCGGAGGCUGGGACGACUGGGAUCACAACAGCGACAAGAACCAGACGGCGUUCUUUGGAGUCUACAGAUGUUGGGGUCCUGGUGCAGCAGCAGUGCGGGGGGUUUCAUGGGCUCGAGAGCUCGAUUUCGACACGGUUCGACCUUUCCUCGUCAAGAGUUUCGUGAAUGGAAGACACUGGCUUGGCCCUUCCGAUCCUUGAGCUCUUCACCCCUACACUUGCAGUAGCAGUUCAUACAACCAUUUGUUAUUCCUACACUUCCAAUUUGUAUUCGAACCAUGCAAUAAGAUGUCAAACCUCACUCUCUCUGUUCUCGUUCAAGAAGACAGAGCUCCAUGGCAAUGAAGGAAACAGAACUACUUUUAUCUGAAUCACAAGCAAGUCAUUCUAAUCCUCAGCACAAAAAGAAAUUAUGCUUCAGUUUGCAGUCAUGGCAAACUGAAUACAGCAGUUUUGUGUGCAUAAAACCUGUGGUGACUCACCAAGAAAAGGAAAAUUGAUGCUUGCAUUUGAACUGAGCCUCUUCUCCAACCAGACAAAGGUGUUCCGAGUGAGUCACAGAAUCCCAAACUGUGCAUGUCCUUCCAUGGCUGCAUAUGGCACCAACACCAGAGCGCUACUUGUUCUCACGUGAAACUGGGAAUUUGCAUGGGUCCAAUGCUUAGAGUUCCUCCUUAUUUGAACUCCUCUGUAUCACCUAUUUGAAACCUGGCCAUCUUUCCCUCCCACCCCAUUUGUCUUGAACAUGGCUCCUCCACUCCAUCAGUCUCCCCCCCUUGUCAUGGCCUCGUU